AUGGCGGCCAGCAAAAAGUACGCUGGUCUACCUGACCUCGACGCUGCUCCCGAAGUAUACGAGACGCCAGAUCUGGCGGAUGAUGUGUCCACCGCACAGACUGGUACAGUUCGCACCUGGUCCCCAGCUCCCUCAGACGAUGACUCCCGCGCGGACCUCGAUCGUCAUCCCCUCGAUCGAGAUGGUGCAAGACGACGAUUCGAACCCUCCGUGGUGGAUGCAAGAGACGUCGACUUUUCAGAUGCCAUCGGUGGCCCUCGACGCUCAUACCGAACCCGCAGUUCACGCCGGAGACGACGAAUCCAGGAGAACGGAGCGGAGGAACUUGGGGAUCUCAGUGACAGUGAGGACGAAAGUCUGAGCAGGAAGUUGGCCAGAUUAAAGAGGGAAGCUGAAGAGGUGCGACUCCAGUUGGAGAGACGCGAGCUUGACAAGGACACAGAUGGAGACGUCAAGGACAGUGUCGAGCAGCAGCAACCACGGCAAGCCACAGCAGAUGAAGAGGGCGGAAACGUCGAUGAUGUCGAGCAACUGAGCAGGCUGCUUGACACUUUAAGCACGAAGGCCAGGCCGAAAUCUAACAUUACGCUCGAGGACGAGUUCUUAUCAACACUGGACACGCAGUCACGCCAGAGACAGCGGCUCACAAGAAAGGCAGCCCAUCCGGAGCAGCAGGAUAGCCCACCAACCGUUUCAGCCCUUCCGGCCGUGGCAGCGUUUUCAGACAGACUUGGCGCACUUGAGGCUGCCCUCGGGAUAUCAUCUACCAGCGCCAACACCCCAAAGAGCUCUAUCCUGCCGACCCUCGAGAAGCUCUCCAUCAAAAUCAGUACACUAUCAAAUGCCCUGGCGCUGCCAGACUCGCAAUCGGCGGCACAGACAACAUCCUCGCCACCCCACACGACGCCUCUGCUCGACUCUGUAUCGUCGAAGCUGAAGACUCUGAUCGCCGAGGCCGACCGCCUGACCAACGUGCGGAAACAAGCCAUGCAAUCCCUAUCCGACUUGCACGAGACCCGAAUGCGGCAACUUGUCUCGGCGACCGUCCACACCAAUACCCGCCCACGCCGCGGGCUGUCUAACGCCUCGGCCGCCAACCAAGCGGUCGCCGACCUCGCCGGGCCCGGGGACGAAUCUCUGCAAAUACAAUCCCGCCUGUUUCUCGACGAGCAAUCUGCCAAAAUCACCGCCCUGUACCAGCUUCUGCCGUCCAUCCAGAACCUGCAGCCCCUGUUACCCGUGGUUCUGGAGCGGUUGCGGACGCUCAGUGUGAUCCAUGCUGGUGCCGCCGAGGCGAAGAACAGCCUAGACGCCGUCGAAAAGAGGCAGGCCGAGAUGCGCGACGAGAUCAGACAGUGGAGAGACGCUGUGGAAACCGUGGAAAAAGGCAUGUCUGAACUGGAGGAGGCGAUGAAGGGUAACGUCAAGGUCGUCGGGGAGAUGGUGUCAGGCCUGGAGCAAAGGGCUGGCACCUUAGAACAGGGGAGGUGA